AUGUCCAACACGGACUUUCUCGGUCGGGCGAUCGACACGGUGAAAAAGGCGAUUGAGCUGGACACGGCGGGAUCGUACGAGCAAGCGUACCAACAAUACUAUGCAGCACUCGAACUGUUCAUGCUAGCACUAAAAUGGGAAAAGAACCCGAAAAGCAAAGAAAUGAUCCGGGCAAAAGCAGGCGAAUACAUGGACCGGGCGGAAAAGUUAAAAGCGCACAUCCAAGCCAACGACUCGAGCAAUCGCAAGAAACCGGCGGCAAUGGGGGUGAACGGGAAAGCGGUGAACGGGGCUGGGAAAGGCGAUGGAGGAGACAAAGAAGACGAGGACGCAGACAGCAAAAAGCUACGGGGCCAACUGACGGGGGCGAUAUUGACAGAUAAACCCAACGUGAAAUGGGAAGACGUGGCCGGGCUGGAACAGGCCAAAGAAGCCUUGAAAGAGGCGGUGAUUUUACCCAUCAAGUUUCCACACUUGUUCCAGGGCAAACGACAGCCGUGGAAGGGGAUUUUACUCUACGGCCCGCCAGGGACGGGUAAAUCGUAUCUAGCGAAAGCAGUCGCCACCGAAGCCAACAGUACCUUUUUCAGCGUCAGCUCGUCCGACCUGGUCAGCAAAUGGAUGGGUGAAUCGGAGCGGUUGGUCAAACAGUUGUUCAACAUGGCGCGCGAGAACAAACCGGCCAUUAUUUUUAUUGACGAGGUGGAUGCCCUGUGCGGCCCCCGUGGAGAAGGCGAGUCCGAAGCCUCGCGCCGCAUCAAGACCGAGUUGCUGGUCCAGAUGGACGGUGUGGGCAAGGACUCGAAGGGUGUUUUGAUCUUGGGUGCCACAAACAUCCCCUGGCAACUUGAUGCUGCUAUCCGCCGUCGUUUCCAGCGGAGAGUCCACAUUUCUUUGCCCGACAAGCCCGCUCGCAUGCGCAUGUUUGAGUUGGCCGUCGGAGACACGAAAUGCGAAUUGACCCAGGCCGAUUACAAGACCCUGGCCGAUUUGAGCGAGGGCUAUUCCGGAAGUGAUAUCAGUAUAGCGGUUCAGGAUGCCUUGAUGCAGCCCGUGAGGAAGAUUCAAACAGCCACCCAUUACAAAAAGGUCACUGUCGAUGGCGAAGAAAAGCUCACUCCUUGUUCCCCCGGCGAUCCUGGCGCCAUUGAAAUGACCUGGAUGGACGUCGACUCGGAAAAACUCCUCGAGCCCCCGCUGCAAGUCAAGGACUUUAUUCGCGCCAUCAAGGCUUCGAGGCCGACUGUGUCAGCUGAAGAUCUGAAGCGGAACGCUGAAUGGACCGCCGAAUUUGGAAGUGAGGGUGCUUAA